CCGCUAGGUCCCACAGUCAGUAGGCCAGUGUUUCCCGGGGAUUGCUGAUUCGGGCGCAACCCGUGUGCGUCCGCGUAUCGCUCCGUGUGUGAGGUUUGAGAGUUUUGUUUACAAAAUGGAUGAAUUCAGAGGCUGCAAUCUCGACUACUUUCCCGAAAACAUUUUAAUCGAUGUACUGUCCUACCUGAGCAUACGGGAGCUCGUCAGAGCCGGGAGGGUGUGUAAGAGAUGGAGACGCCUUGUUAAAGACCAAAGAUUGUGGCGAAAUGUCGACCUGACUUCAUGGAAAGGGGUGACAUCCCGCAUCCUUUGGGUCCUGCUGCGUCAGUACCUGGGUUGCGGACUAAGGUGCCUUCGCUUGCGUGGUUUGCUGCUCUCCGCACGUGGCGGAACCUUUCUCUCUGAGUCUUGGCUCAAAGCUUUGUCCACAAAAUGCCCUCGGCUGAGUAAGCUCUAUCUUCUGCAUGCAGACCUAAGAAGCCUACUGAGUUGCCAGAUCCUACCUCCAUCUUUGCAGGUGCUGGAGCUGCGUGGUUGCGAGCUGCCUCGUGGCUUCUUCACUCAGACCCUGCCUACUUCAUCAGCUAGCCCCCAAGAAAGAGCAGAACCCACAUCCAGUGUUGGUGUUCAACCGAAAGGAAGGGACCAGAAAGGGAAAGGGGCUAGCUCUCCUUCAGGGAUUGGUAUUGAGAGGUUAGUCCUUAACAAUGUGCCCUCUUUCACAGACCAGCACCUGCAGAGUCUGACAUCAUGGGGGAGGCUCCGUCAACUGGAGCUACGUGACACCUUUCGUGUAACAGCUAACGGGCUUAGAAGCUGUGCUGCCAAAGAUGGUGUCUGUGGUAUAGAAGGGCUUUCCAGGCUCAAGUUUCUGGAAAUAGGCAUUACAGGGCGGCAGGGCUACCAGUUACAGAUGGCCUCCCUUGGCUUGGGGGCAGGAUGGCUUGGACUGGAGGAACUGAGUCUUGGUGGAAAGGAGGUGGGGCCAGGUUUGCUCUGCGCCAGCCGUCUGAAGGACCUGAAACGUCUGCGCCUGUGGGACUGCACACUCAGCGAGUUGCAGAUAGCCCGGAGCUGCAGGAUGCUCCGUGGACUCCGCCAGCUGGAGUUUGUGGACGUCAAGUUCCAGCCUCGUCAGAAUCCACCAGCAGUGGAGGGGGAGGGUGAGGGUGGUGAGGUAGAAGAGCAAGACAGAGAGGAAGCUGCAGCUGCAGGUGCAGAUGGCAGCAAUGAUGAAAACAAGACAGUGGAUGUGAUUGAUCCUAUUCUAAGUUUGCGUCGCUCACUCGCUGUCCUACUGCCAUCCUGCAUGCUGGUGUUUACCAACUGCUCUGUUCAGAAUAAUGAAGACUGAAUGAAGUCUCCGGCUGCUGUAUACAAGUGGCCUACAUGGGAUUAGAAAGAACCCUCUGUCACGUAGGCUUUUAGAUAAUGUUGAUAUGACUAGAACCAGAUUCUGAAUACUUGUCAAAAUAAAGAAAAGUAAUUUUAAAAAUUAGGAUCACAUUUUCAAUAUAAAAAAUAUAAAAAAAAAAACAAAAAAACAGGAACAUACUGUGUAAUAAUGGAGCAGUCUACUCCCAAUGAUCCAUAUUUUUGUUUAUUCUUUUGUAUUUUUUUUGCUUUUAGAAUGAAAUUGCAAAAAACCGAAUAGCUGUACACAAAAAAACUAUUCAAGUAUUUUAGGGCUUUUUGAGCCAUUAAAUGAAAAAUAAUAGUAAUGAAGGAUUUCCUCAACAUAAUUCCUCAUAAUUACUUUUGGGGAUUUCAGUAGUUAGAGGAGGAUCACAAUUCUCAACAGUGCAAGAGCAACAAUAAAUGUUUUUGUGCCCAUUUAUUUAGGUUUUUACAGUAUAUGUUCAAAAUGUUACUCAUCUUGAUUAAAGCUUUCUUAGAAGUAAGAUAUAUAUUGUGAUAUAGUGUUUUCUGAAAAAUCCAAUUAGUAACUGUUAGGUAAAACUUCCAAACUUGACUGUCUGUUGUUGGCGAAUCAAAUUACUUCAUCACAUUGAUGCAAACAUCAUGAAAAAUGUCUUUCUCAUCGGUUUGUAAGGUUACCUCAGGCUGAGGCUACAACAUCAUGAAAGAUAGGAAAGAAAAAUCUUUGAUCGAAGACACAGAUUAUCUUGCCACGAGGGAUAUAUCGUCAUAUCCUACUAUACCCAGUGUCUUUGAGGUAAGUCAGUGGGAAGUCUCUCCUGGAAAAAUUAGUUUUUAGUGCUUUGAAACUAACAAUAUAAAAGAAAAUGAACAGUUACUGUUAGACUGUAAAAAGAUAAGCAGGUGUAAGCUACAAAGAUGCAGUGAAGCAGACUGCUGGCAAUGAGCCACCUGUUUCCUGUUGCUUUACCGCUUCUCAACAACCUAUACUGUCAGAGAACAUAUACUUUACUCCAGGUGUUUGAUGCACAGGAUAUCGUUUUGCAUAUGUGAUUUUUAGGAAUUGUGAAAAACAGAAAUGCUCGGCAUGAAUGUCUGUUGUCUCAAUUUUAGGAAAAAACAUGGAAGAUCUGUGUCAUUACACUGAAGUGUGUUGCAUUUAAAGCAACCAUUUAGUGAAGGUUAAUCUU